AUGUCUACCUUCGGUAAUCACUCAGAGAAUACGAUGAACACCGAUGCUUGUUAUUUCGACCCCAUGCUCUCUGGGUUCUUCUCGUUCUCUGCAACCACUGUUGAGCUUGUAGGGUACUUGGCACUGGGCCAUCAACCCAUUGUUUUGCCUCUCUACUGUCCGCCUGUCGGUCUUGACCUUCUCAAGCAAGAGUUGUGUCUGUUCGCAUAUCUGCAAACCCCGAUGGUGCAUAGUACGGCAUACGAGUUACUACCAAGCAUCGAGGUCCCGGUGUAUGUUUUAGCGCUGCAAGAGCUCGCUGCGCCGUUCUUGAACUUGCCGUGGCUGAAAGGUAAGACAGGCAAUGAUGAGAUGAUGCAGGGCGUCUAUAACUAUGUUGGUGUGGGCCAGGUCGACCUACCUUUGACCAUCAUCCAUCUCGCGCAAUUUCCUUUCGGGUACCAACACCUUCCGGAGGAAGAGGCAAUCGACGAAUUAGAGUCCGUCCUCCAGACUACCUGGGUCGAGUCGUCAGCCAUGACCUCAGCACCAGGAGUUGAGCGUCAGGUCCGUGCCAAGAAGGUUAAGGCUGAACACAGCCUCCACAGAAUCAUGGCGGCCUGUCCAAACUGGUGCAGGUCCCUCGCAUACCUGCGUAUCUUUAUGAGGAUCUUUAUAUCCUGCGGUCACUCCGACAAUCCUCACCUUCUCACUAAUGCCGAUUAUGGCGAACGCAGACUUGAGCUCAUUCGCAGUCUCUGGCCUGGGUGCUUAGAUCGUGCAAACAUCGCUUCCCAUGAUUUGGAAACGGUGCUAAGCAAAGACUGCAAGCUUCCGAUGACACACAACGAAGUAUUGGCACUCGCGAGUCCGUGGAUCACGCAGUUUCUCUAUGAUAACCGUCGGGUGAUCAGCUACGCUAUGAACGACGCUCGCAUCUUUGGGCUCGGCAACUUCUUUGGCUUGACUCUAAAGCACAGCAUCUUGAACCUCCUGCAGAUGUUCACGCGGCCGCAUGCACAUUUGCUCCCAAUCCGAAUUAAUGGGUUUUACGUCUUCUUGGUUCAUCAAGCAGCAAAAGAGAUGGUUUAUCAUAUCGCAUACAGGACGACCACAACAAAUCGUAUUCGUCUCACUCUCGCCGAUCUGGAGCCAGCAAUUUUUAGACACGCUGCUCACUUGCCAGUAGAUUUUUUGGCUUUGGUGGGGUCGUGUUGCUACCAAUCGUUUCUUACAAAGCUCUUGAGCAUUUGGGGUACCGCAGAGGCCAUGCCACACUAUCCGCCUGUGAGCCAAGUGCACAGUGAACUCCGCGAGACUGCUGUGAUGCUCCUCCAGCAAGAUCAAGACCCUGACAUUGCCACGUUCAGGACUCAAAUGAGAGCUUUGUGCACUCUCACUGAGACCGAUUCGGACAAACAUUUUUGUGAUCGUGAAGUCAUUGCCCGCGCUGCUGAUUCCAAAUAUUUGCGAAAGUUUGAUCGUUUGAUCGCCAUCGUACCGUUUGAUCGCCAUCGUAUCGCAUCUAACGCUCGCGAGAACAUCCCUCUAGCCUCUCUCUUACUACUCUCUAACUUCAACAUGGUGAACACCAAUUCCCCCGUUCCUUUUACAUUCGAAACGUCUUCCUACUCUCAUUUUCUGGGGACUGAACAGACUGAGACAGCCAUGAUACGUUGGCUCCAGAAACAGGGGCGUGACACUCUUCCAGAGUCCCUCUUUGUCACAGCUUCCGUGCUGUUUGGAUGGAUUGACUCCCACGAUCUCAUAGCUCUCCUUGACGUGAGCCUCAGGGAGGUGGCAAUGCAGCUCGAGCGAGAACAUGACUGUUGUAUCAUAUCCUGUUCGCAAGGGAGAUGUUGGUUGGAGGACCGGAUGCACCGGGCUCAAACUGAAAUCUCAUUGUUUAGUACUGCUAUUGCUAACUUGUGCGAAGAGUUGGAACGUAGAAGUUCUCCAGAAUGUCCAAAGAAGCCACCCACAGUGGGUGAUGUUACGUGUAUAACAUAUGUAUUGCCCAGCCCGGUCAAUUUCGACGAUGUCCGACCUUUUCAAUACGCAACGCCCAUCCCGGUCAAUUUCGACGAUGUCCGACCUAUACAGGUCAUGCCCAAAUGCGAUGUACGAGACAAAUGCAACGCAUGGCUUCUUGUGUUGCAAAGCAAUGGUCUGGAUGAUUCUGACGCAAGCCGAAUACCAUUCGGUUCUCCACGUCCAGAAGCUGUUCAUUUCCACGAAUACCUUACAGGUCCUGACGAUCAAUUUCUCUCCCUACCUCGCUUGUUGAAAACAUGGGUCGAUAACACCACAUAUCGUGCGUACAUAAGUGCAUCCUUGGCAGAAUUCAAGCCCUCGUGCAAUAACGAUGGCUUCAAAACAAAGGAUUGCAAGAGUCUGGUCGUCCUCAAAUCCGAUAUUCAUAUCCUGGGCCUGAAGAAGCAGCGUGCGCAGGUCGAGGUGGAGAUGCUUUCUGAAGCUAUAGCCCGUAUGUCUGAGUUCGAGCACACCGACGACGGUGUAUCUUCCGGAAGUUCAAUGGCGUGUGCGUCACGUCUGCCUGAAAACGACGUGGGCUCGUUCGAUGAUUGGCUGUCGACUUCAUAUACCUCUUCUGACAUAUCGUCACUCAUGUGA